AUGUCCAAUGUCGAUAUAUCCAAUGAUGGCCUGAUUGGCGUCGAUUACGACUCCAGAGGUUAUCUUCAGCACCAAACAUGGCCUGUGGCGGUAGAACAAGUACCCCCACGGUCAGAAGAGGCCCAUGGUCUCUCCCCGUUGCAAACUGGCGGUCACCCUAUGGAACAGUCGGUGACCCAUGAUCCAAAUCUCAUGGUCGAUUGGCACUUUCAACAAUUACACACCCAGCACCACCUCUCAUAUUCGUCCGAAGACCCGUCCUCGGCGCCCCAGUUUACCACUAGUUAUGGCAUGCCCAUGCAUUCGUCGCCCGUUGAUCUCAUGUCUGGGGGCCAGAUGACCGCGGGCUUGCUCGAUGGUCCUUAUCUGCCGAUGUCGGCACCGGUCGACAUGGUCCCAUUCACAUAUCAGGACUUUCAAGCGGAUUUGAUGACCUUCCCCAAUGGGCUUCCGGAUGUUUCUUAUGCCCCACACCCCGUUCUUGAAAGCAGCUCGCCCACCGAUACUUAUUUGGAGGUCCGUUCCCUGUCCAGUAGCGACAACGGCUGGAGUACCAUCGACCACCGCCGCUCUCUCGACUUUGGUUACCCCGAACAAGGUGUUUUCGUCAACCCCACCCAGACACUGCACGAUCGUAGCCUUUCAGAAUCUUCAUAUUCCACAUCAUACGGCAGCUUUGUGGAUAUCACGAAUCCCAUCGGUUCUCCAGGUUCUGAGAACAACAUGGACUUGCCUUGCUAUAAUCAUCAUGGCCACGGCCAUAGUUAUAGUCAUAGCCAUACUCACAGCCACAACCACAGCCAUAGUCACAGUCACAGCAGCUCUAUUGGAAUCCACGGUACCUCCCCGACAAGCAGCGCCAUUGUCCUUCGUGACCAGUCUUCGCCAGGUUCUCGCUCGCCUUCCGCAGUCAGCCCCAUCGGAAUGGUGCGGCCGAUCCCGGUUCCGAUCAAGAAGUCAACAUCCCCUGCUCGAUCAGCUGGGUCUUCUCAAGCAUCGACCUCACCACCGAGUCGGAAACCGUCCCGCAAGAGCCCGAUUGCCGCCAAGACCGCCGAGACCAAGGUUCGCAAGCAGUCCCAGACCGGCAAGCCCGAGACCGAGAAGCGUGUGGGCAAGAGAAAGGGUCCCCUCAAGCCCGACCAGCGCAAGCAGGCCAGCGAGAUCCGGAAGUUGCGCGCGUGCCUGCGUUGCAAGUUCCUCAAGAAGACGUGCGACAAGGGCGAGCCUUGUGCAGGAUGCCAACCAUCGCACGCACGGUUAUGGCAGGUGCCAUGUACUCGCAUUGAUAUCAAGGAGAUUGGGUAUUUCAUGAAGGACUGGAAGGCGGAUUACGAGCGCCACAUCACCAUGGGCUUCUCUGUCGGCAACAUUACCGGAUUCUCAGACCAGGAACGCACGCUCUUCAUCACUCACGGUUAUGGACAGGUCAUGCCCAUCAACGCUCGCGAAGUCUAUGUCCGUGAUGAGAAGUGUUUCAACAUUGACUGGAUUGAGUCGAUGCAGCGUGAUCCAACAGAAUACGAGGUCGAGACCGCCAAACUCUCCGCUGGUAUGGAGGGCAUCUCGCAAGCGAUGCUGUCGGAUUAUCUUGACCGCCACAUCGACGGCAAUGGCACCUUUGAGAAGUUUGUUGACGAUUACUUCGAGGGCACUCCUUUCCUGACGCAAAUGCUGAAGACCGCCUUCCGCUUCUACUUCCGCACUAAGCUGCCCGUUAUCCGGAAGGCACUGAAGCUGGUGGUUGCUUACAACCUCACCAUGCAUGUCACUAUGGUUGAAGGCAUCGGCGAGGAGGAAGGCUUCCUCGGCAAGAUCAAGAACAUGGGCUCCAAGUUCGCCGGCAAGACCAUGGCCCCCGUCAUGAUCAAUUUCCAGAUUAAGUAUGCCAUGGCUAGCAUGUGGCGCGACCUGCAGAAGGAUGUGCUGGAGGAGUUGUCGGCACUUUACUCGAGUGUGUACAGCGGCGACAAGCUGAAGAACUGGCCGACGAUCUUCAUCUUGGCCUCGAUUCUGCUGGCCGUGUGGGAGGAGAUGCAGUUCGACAGCCACUACCGGACACCAGACCAGUCUGCCGUCGACAAGUUCUGCACCGAUAUGGAAACCACCCCGGUGGGCGUCAUCGUCGGACUGUUCCAGGCCAUCUCACAAAAGCUGCCUCCGUUCACCGAGUGGGACUCACAAAAGCACCACCAGCUGUUGUACUCCAACCCGGAUGUGUGCAACACCAUGACCGAAGUCCGCCAACAUGUCGAGCAACAUGAAACCUACCUCCGCAGCCGCACGGGCACGAAAUUCAACCGUGGCGACUUCGACUGCCUUUCAAAUAAAUUUGUGUCGCGACUGGUGAUUCGCGCCAAUUAG